CUCAAGGUAGGGAAGGGCAAAGGUCCUUCGUUCCAUGGUAUGAGCCUCCUUUUCCCUUGCAAAUUUGUGAGAGAAAAGCAGUUACUUCUUGACCUGGAAAAUGAGAACGUUAGAAGAAGAGAGAAGGGAAAAAUAAAUCGUGCAGAAGUUAUCGUGGGUGCGUCGAAAGCGCAUGAGGAAGCCAUAGCAUGCACCAAAACCUCAGAUAGCAGAAGCCUCCAAAGCUCUCCACAUGGAUGUCUGCCCAUUUGCGUUUCAGAGCAUAACGUACGAUUAUUGAACCUCUGCAAAAGUCAUUUGGAUUUUACCAUAUCAAAAUCAUCAUGGCGGAUGUUGGCUCUGCACCUACCGACACAAUUCAUCCAUACACUCUAAUCUCAGAUGGGAUCAACGAGAAGCCCUUAGGAGGGACAUACUAUUUAUUGAUAUAAAUAUAAGGUGGUUGAAGGAAAGGCAUUCUUGAAUAAGAAAGGUCGGUAAAUAAUUUCUCUCCAUAAAAUAUAUAUUUUUUUGUUCGUAUAAUCAUCUCAAAUAUGAACGAUAUGAUCUGUUUUUUAGGAUAUUGUGUCUUGAAUCUUUCAAGUUUAUGGUUAGAUAUUCUAAAGAAAGUAGUGUCGGUUCGUCUUUGUUCUAUAAAUUUUGGGAAAAUAUUAACAUCGAAUCCUCUCUUGUUGUAUAGAAAUUAUUAAGGCGGGUAAUCGAACCUAGCGUGUAAGGUAUCAAGAGGAGAGUCUCAUCAACUCUUUGAGUGAUUGUGUAUUUGACAGUCUCAUCAUAACAGUGGACCUAACUUCAUAUGAACUUCUCUUUUUUUCCUUUUUUGGAUUAAAGAUCACAUUUUUACGAUCUCUUCUAAACAUUUCCUCCAUUCCCAAAUCCUUGCUUAGCUCAGCUCUGCUCUGCUCUGCUCCAAUGGCUGAAACUCCCUUCUCUCUCCCUCUCAUCCUUCUCCUUGUUCUCUCUCUCCCUCCUUCUCUGUCCCUUCAGUUGCAGGGGAACAUCAGCGCCGCCGAUCUUCAAGCUCUAAGAGUCAUUAAAAACACCCUCACUGAUCUCCCCCACCGCCGGAGCCCUUCCGGUCCCGGGUUUUUCUCCACUUGGGACUUCUCCUCCCUGGAUCCCUGCUCCUCCUUCUCCGGCGUCGUCUGUGAUCUCGGCCGUGUCACAAUUCUCUCUCUUGGCACUGGUGGCUCUGAUUCGCCUGGCCUUGCUGGGUCUCUCCCGGCUGCCAUUUCCGACCUCUCCGAGCUUACCCAGCUCAUCCUCUUCCCUGGCAUUGUUACCGGUCCGAUUCCGCCCCAACUGGGCUAUCUCCGGAAUCUUCGAGUUCUUUCCUUAACGAACAACCGCCUCACCGGCACAAUUCCGGACACCCUUUCCGCUCUCUUUCGUCUCCACACUCUCGACCUCAGCCAUAACCAGCUCGCCGGAAUUAUUCCCCCGACGCUCACUAAGCUUCCUGACCUGAAAAUUUUGAUCCUCUCGUCGAACCAAUUCUUCGGUGAAAUUCCUGCCGACAUUUCGUCGCCUCUCCUUCAUCUCGAUUUGAAAUCUAACCGAUUAAACGGUACUCUUCCCCGGUCGCUGCCGUCGUCUCUCCGGUAUCUGUCGCUUUCAGAGAACUCACUGUGGGGCCCUCUUCGCGACGGGCUUGAUUCUCUAUCGGAGUUAGUGUAUCUCGACUUGAGCGUGAACCUAUUCAGUGGGCCCAUCCCUUUCUCUCUCUUCUCACGCCCUUCCCUCUCCUCUCUGCUCCUCCAACGGAAUUCUUUCUCCGGCAAGGUCCCACCGCUGCCCGAACACACAAGCCCGGUGAUGUAUGGGGUUGGAUCCGUCGUGGAUUUGAGCCACAACAAUCUGUAUGGAGAGAUGUCGGCAAUUUUCGCCGGCGUCGAGACGCUGUUCUUGAACAACAACCGCCUCAUCGGAUCCAUACCGGUGGAGUACGUGAAGAGUGUGAGAAGCGGCAGCACCACCACUCUGUAUUUACAGCACAAUUUCAUAUCCGGGUUUCCACUGGAAGCCGGUGCCGAUUUGCCCGACACGGCGGCGCUUUGUUUGUCCUAUAAUUGCAUGGAGCCGCCGGUGGGCGUACAGUCCUGCCCGGCCAGCGUCGGCGCGUCGCUGUCCCGGCCGCCAUGGCAAUGUCCACUGCUAAAAAGUCCAUGAAAGUAGCUAAAAUUAUUAAUAAAUCAUAGAAUACAAGUUUUUUUUUCCCGUUUUUAUUGGGUUUUUUUGGGUGUGAAUCUCUUAUCUUGUGUUUUUUUUUCCCACAAUUGGGAGUUCAUGUAAUUGUUUUGCAACACUGAUCGAAUGAAUACUUUAGUUUGUUGGUUCA